AGAAAGUGAGUGAACGAACGAGUGAACGAAAAACUUGUAAAAAAAGUUAGUGUUGAAAAAAAGUUGAAGUUUAAUCAUUUGUUUAUUUCUUUUGCGAAAAUUGUAUAAAAUAUUCCUUUUGGGACAUAUAUAAUUAAUGUUUAAGUUUGGUGCAAAGUGCUAGCAAUCGUUUCGCACAACUUAUGUUUGUGUUAAUCAACCAUGGGCUAUGAAAUCAAAAGAUUUCAAGGUGACGUUGACGAAGAACUCAUUUGCCCUAUUUGCUCGGGGGUUCUUGAAGACCCUUUGCAGGCGCCCGUAUGUGAGCACGCAUUUUGUCGCGCGUGCAUUACGGAGUGGAUCAGCCGCCAGCCCACCUGCCCCGUGGACCGUCAGGCCGUCAGCUCUAGCCAGCUGAGGCCAGUCCCACGGAUCCUUAGAAAUCUUCUCUCGAGACUUUGCACAAGUUGUGACAACGCCCCCCACGGCUGUGCUGCCAUAUUGAAACUGGACUCAUUGGUUAUUAACUCAGGAAACAAUCAUGCAUUUAUGAGAUUUCUGUAACCAAGUUCCUGUGAAUUCAACCCGAAGAGGCCUAUGCCUUGCGAGCAGGGCUGUGGCCUGGUGAUACCGAAGGAUGAGCUGUCGGAACACAACUGUGUGCGAGAGCUGCGGGCGCUCAUUGCCUCGCAGCAGACCAAGCUCACCGAGUACCAGCAGGAGCUGGCCGAGCAGCGGCUGACUAUUAAUGAGCAUAAACGGGAACUGGCACUGCUGAAGGAAUUCAUGCGAGCCAUGCGCGUCUCCAACCCCACCAUGCGAGCAAUAGCGGACCAGAUGGAGCGAGAGGAGGUGGUCCGCUGGGCCAACUCUCUGUCCCGCGCGCGGGUCACUCGCUGGGGCGGCAUGAUCUCCACGCCUGAUGACGUGCUGCAGAUGAUGAUCAAGCGCAGUCUAUCAGAGUCGGGGUGUCCGCCGCACAUCAUAGACGACCUCAUGGAGAACUGUCACGAGCGCCGCUGGCCGCCCGGCCUGUGCUCGCUGGAGACCAGGCAGAAUAAUAGGAGACUAUACGAAAAGUACGUGUGCAAAAGGGUGCCAGGCAAGCAGGCGGUGCUAGUGCUGCACUGUGACAACACGCACGUGGACGACCACAUGAUGGUGGAGCCGGGGCUCGUCAUGAUCUUCGCUCACGGCAUCGAGUAGUCUGUGAUCUCGGAAUUAAAAGACAAAAAGUUUCUUUUUUCAAAUUUGAAUUUAGUUGGCGAACGGGCUUUUGGACUGAAGUUUGGUGGGUAGGUUUUGAUUGCUAAC